GAGGAAGAGCCACUGUGGUUACAGUUCAUGUUAGCCCAAACGUCGAUGUUAGCAGGCACCGCUGACAAGUGGUUCGCAGUGUGUAAUUAUAUAUAUUUUUAAAAAUCUGUUUACUAAACCAGAGUAAGGAAUUGUAACCGAGGCUCUCCGACGACCAUUUCGCCAAGAUGAGCUUCCUGUUUGGCAGUCGCUCAUCUAAGACCUUCAAGCCGAAGAAGAACAUCCCAGAGGGCUCUCACCGGUAUGAGCUGCUGAAACAUGCUGAGGCAACACUGGGCAGUGGGAACCUGAGGCAGGCUGUCAUGCUGCCAGAGGGAGAGGAUCUCAAUGAGUGGAUUGCUGUCAACACGGUGGACUUCUUCAACCAGAUCAACAUGCUGUACGGCACCAUCACCGAGUUCUGCACUGAGACCAGCUGCUCUGUGAUGUCUGCUGGACCAAGAUAUGAGUAUCACUGGGCUGACGGCACCAAUAUUAAGAAGCCUAUCAAGUGUUCUGCGCCCAAGUACAUCGACUACCUGAUGACCUGGGUGCAGGAUCAGCUGGAUGAUGAGACACUUUUCCCCUCCAAGAUUGGAGUUCCCUUUCCCAAGAACUUCAUGUCUGUGGCCAAAACCAUCCUGAAGCGUCUGUUCAGGGUUUACGCUCACAUCUACCACCAGCAUUUUGACUCUGUGAUGCAGCUGCAGGAGGAGGCCCAUCUCAACACCUCCUUCAAGCACUUCAUUUUCUUUGUUCAAGAGUUCAACCUUAUCGACAGGCGAGAGCUUGCUCCCCUGCAGGACUUGAUCGAGAAGCUUGGAUCCAAGGACAGAUAGACAGUUCAUCACAUAUCUCCUUUUUUUCCCAACAGUUUCCUUUUCUCCUUUGUCCGUCUUUGUGACCUCUGCUACCUCUGUGACUUCUAAUCUCAACUCUUUAAAUCUGUGCCUUCUUCUUUUCAUUUCCUGAAUGUUCGUACUGUAUUUUUCCUUUUACUCCUUCUGUUGUCUAUUAUGCUGUCUUUGAGCCUUUUCUCCUCAUUUGCCACUCUAGAUCAUAAAUAGUGUAGUGUAGUAAAAAUAUUUUUUUCACAGGACUGUGUGGUUAACGACUCUGUAAGAGCAACCUGCUGAAUUUUAUAUUGGACCAAGGACAUUUGGAAGUUAGAGUGAAAACAAACUUUUUUUUCCCUUCAGAAGUGUUUUGUCUAAAAACUUUUAGUUAUUGAUAGAUAGGCAGUUUUCUUUUUAACUUUUAGCUCUUUUAGCUAUAAUUACAUUGACUGACCAAAUAUCCUGAUCUUGGAAUUUUUUUAUUUCUGUCAGUGCAAAGUAACAGGAAAGAUGGCGAGAAAAGUAGUGACACGAAACAGGUCAUGGGUGGACUUUUCACCUAUGACAAUACAAGCGUGUGGGAAGGUAUUUUCAAUCUAACAUGAAGGCAGGCACAAAAAAAUGCACCAAUAUAUAUUAUUAUAGCUCUGUGUCACAAGCUGAUUGAUAUCCGAUAUUCCACUGUCGUGCUCUUUGACACAGUUACCUGUGAAGAGACGACUGUGAGAUGGCUUUGUUCUUGCCCACAAAAAAAGUACCACCAUCGACUGCAUUAUAGGUAUGUCAAUUUGGUCAUGCAAUAUUGUUUUUUUGCACAUUUUUUGGCUAUUUUCUUAAUUAAAAUAGUAAAAUGCAAGAUGCUUACAGUGAUAUUUUUAAUCUGCUUUAUAGUUAUUUUUAAUAGCCACUUAAAGCUUGUAUAAUGACCCUACAAAGGAGUUCUAUAGUAGAAAUCAUCUUAUCAACGGCAAAAAUAGUCUAAUGUGAAUUUUUAGUUUUACUGUCAUUUUAGUUCAUUUCUGUGGUGCCGAUUAAUUGUGGAACUCUUCAUGUUUGUUCUUUCAAUGCUGGUACUUUUUUUUUUUUUGUACUAAAUAUUUUCCCCUUGGAUUGGAAAAUGGAGUAAUGACUAUUGCACCGGUGAACAAUAAGGAUUAGUGACCUGAGAUGUAUGUAGUUUUUCGACAGAAGCCUUUAUUAGUCUUGGCGCAUGUAUUAUUAUCAUGGUUAUUUCCUGUGCUUUACUCAGGGUACAGCAGCAGGGCUGUUUGUACUGCCAUCCUGAUGCAGCUAGUAUUUCUGAUGAAUGUUUUGUCUGACAAAGUUUCAGCAAAGGAACUGGUCCAUAACCUGCUUCAUUUUGGACCUAAAUUAAUAUCAGACAAUCAUGUAACCAGUUAAGAGCUGUUAGAAAACUUUAAUGCAUCACCAGGAACAAAACCAAUGCGAUUAGGUCCAGUAGGGUGUUCAUUUUAUAAUUUACUCAUACAUUGAUGAAAGCAACAAGUUUUAAGUGAUUUAACCACUUUUAGGCCCUCAAGUUGCAUGGUUUAAAAAAAAAAAAAAAAAAAAAAUCAAGCCAGCAUCCAUUACGAUACUCAUCUAUGGGCAUAUCAGUAUAUUUUGCAAGUCCAGUUUAUUUUACAGAUUUUAUCUGAAAAUACAAUUAGUCCUUUCUUUCAAUUUAGUCACAUUUUUUAAUGUAUUGCUUUUUGUCACAAUUAUGUUUUUAAACUUUUGGCAUGGAUUUACAUUUCAUAUUACAUUGUAAAAUAAAUUGUUGGCUUAGCCUUUUCAAAUGAUGAACAAGGGCUCUGAAAUGAAUUAAAAGUUUUAUAUAUUUACGAAAACGGUC